UCUGCACCGGGCUCCACUCUUGCCCCAUCCCAGCCCAGCCUACCCCAACACAACUCUACACAACACGGCGCCAGCAAACUGUCCCGGCGACGAGCCCACAGACACCGCCACGAGGAGGAGGAGGAGGAGGAGGAGAGGCCCCGUGAUUGCGAGGCUCUGGCUGCUUGACUUCAGGAGUGAGCGCCGGGUGGGGGGGAAUCAGAAGAGCGCGUCCCAGCCCCGAGGAAAUCGAGGGUGGACUACUACUUCCGAGGGACUCGGACCGCGGUGUUCGUGGUGCAUUUUUCCCGCAUUUGCUUGAGAAGGGAAGGGAAGAAGAAGAAGGUUUCAGUUGUGCUGGAGAAUUUAGGUUAUGAUCGAAGCAUGUUUUAAGGUGCUGAAAGAAUACAUCUGCCUCGUAGAUUAAAGAGAGCCCCUCGGUUGAAUCACAUUACCUUCGAAGUUUUUUUCAAUUUGGUGGACGGUUAUCGUUCAGUGAAGUUUUCUGGAUUUAUCUAGGACAUUGGUUCUUAGAUCGAGCUGGGUGGCGCUGGGAAAAGCACAGAUGUCCGAAGGGGGAUGUUUUAGGGAAAACAAUCAUGAAAUGGAUUGAUCGAUUCAGAGAGAAAGUCCACGCACAGUUACCUUUAUCUCCGCGAGCUGCCCGACAGUUUUCUGAGGAGGGCGGCAGCCCUCAUUUCAGGGAUACAAAUGAGUCCGAACAGGACUUCAAGAGGGCAUGGGAUGACUUUCGCUCUGCAAUCGAGAAGGAAAAAGAAGAAGCUCUGGAGAAUGUCAUAAGCCUUUUCUGCAAGAUCUCUCGGCGAACUGGCAAUCCUGCCAGGCUUGCUCAGACACUUGUUGAUGGGCGAGUGUUCGCAUUUGUGGUUGCGAAAGCACUUGUUACGGACAUCGAGAAGCUGCUAAAGACCAGCCCCGAUGAGCAGUUGCAGCCAAAUGCUAUUCUGAACUACUUUGGUGGAGAAAUAAAAGGAGACGUAAGUGCUGGUGGCAACCUGCUUUUCGCUCUUGAAGGCCUUGUUACACCGCCAUUGGACGUCCAGCCACUACUCGAAGCUGGCCUUCUUUCUUCUCUUGUUAUUGUUCUGUAUCACCUUCUCUACUCUGCUGACUCUGCCAGUUCAUUUAAGGCAGUGGACAGUCCUACAUCUCUGCAUAGCCCGAGAUCCACAGAUGGUAGUGGAGACGAGAACAAGCGAACUGCGGUCUUUUCUAGCGUUGUUCAUUUGAUGAAGGCAUUGGCACGGCAUCCUGGGGCAGCACAAACUUUGGUAGAAUCUGAUAGAUUUCAGCGCAUGUUCCAUAUGGUUUUUAUGGGAUAUAAAACGCCUUUGAUACCCCCAUCUCAGAACAGGGAGAUUAUAACAACCCACUUGGCACAGCUCUACCGCCACGUUUUACAGAUAUUGGAGUUGUUGCUUAAUAGCGAUAAUGGUGGAACUGCACAGUAUAUUCAAAAUCAAGAGCUGGUUAAAGUACUCUUGACUCCUGUUAUGAACUUUGUGGAGCAUUCUGGUGAUGACAGCUACAUCGUAUCUGUUGUUUCCCUAAUCAAGAAUGCGAUUCAGCUGUCUUGUCGAUCAGAGGCUGGCGGAGUUUGUUUGAAAAAGAACCUUGAGAAAGAAAAUGGUUAUGAUCUUUUUUUGCAGCUAGCGUUGAAACUUGCCGAAUCGGCACGUGAUAUAUCUACUGAGAAUCAGACAGUAGAUCGUGAAGUCAUACCACCACAAUUGUUGCGGUUGUUGGACAUUAUAGGGGAGUUAGCUCAAGUUGGGACCGGAAAAGUUGGUGUACAUUCUGGCAGUGCAAUUGCAGGAAAAGCUGGGAGACUCCCGUCAGGUAAUCAGUUGAAUUCGAAAUCUGAAAGCACUGGGUCUCCUGUCGGAGCGUUUCUGGAUGGGAAACUUCGAGAUCCUAACUCCGUUCAGAUUUUCCAAGAUCUCUUCUUGAAAACAAACAUUAUCGCUUUGCGAGUUGAAUUAUUGGAUCGCCUGCUUCGACUCUUUGCUGGUCACCCGGACAACUACGGUUUUGUCCAGGAACUCCGAACAAUGGCUCUUUUUAUCCAAAAUAUGGGAAAUUAUCCAUCUGUACUACAGGAACGUGUUUUAAAGGUUCUAGAAUAUGCAGUUAUUAGUGCCAACUGUGUCCCUGAUCAGGAAUUGUUUUCACUGUGCUACUUGGUCCAGCAACCAUUGACAUCGUCAUUAAGAAUAGCUAUCUUAACAUUCUUCGAGAAGCUUCUUUCCUUCGACAGGCAGUACAAGAAGGUACUUCGAGAAGCUGGAGUUAUGGAUUUGUUAGUGGACGAUCUGAAGAAAUGUGAACCGCCAGUUAGCUCUGCUCAAAGAAGUUUUAAGAGUGACGCGAAUCCAAUUAGAGCCAACAGUGUUGGUAUUCUUCACCUUGAGCGGGAGUAUUCGUCAUCUCGUAGUCAAUUUAUAUUUGAAGAUGCAGCCACUAAUGUGAUAGCAUGGAGUUGUUUAAUCUCCCUAUUGAGAAAAAGUGAGGGGAAUCAGGUGAUGUUUCGGAAGUUGAACGGGGUUGCGGCUGUGUUCCCACUUUUGGCAGCCCCUAAACAUCGGACCAAUGUGUUAAAGCUACUUUCAUGUCUUAUACUCGAAGACUCGAACCAGGCGCAUAAGGAAGACCUGAAAGCUCUUAUUGAAGCAGUCCAUACGAGCUCUGUCAAGAACUUAGAAGGAAGACAGUGGCGAGUAGAGCUAGAAACUAAAGAGGAUGUUUUGUGGAUGAUCUGGAAGGUUCUUGUCGCAAAUCCCGCAUUGAAGAUUGUUUUUGGGGAUGCUCAAGGAUUUUCUCUUCUCCACUCAGUCCUUGAGAGCAUUCAAGCUGAUGAUCAUUCUGUAAUAUCAAGCCUCAAGUCUCGACUUGAUGAAUAUUCUGGGGAAGACUCGCCCUCUCCUACUAGAGUAAAUUUGCGAACUGAACUCUUCAUUGCUCUUCUGCACGUCGUGGUUGCAGCUGUGGCUGAGACCCCCAUGAAUCGCAGUCUUCUGCACGAGUUUCUUCUAUCGCAUAAUUUUAAGCGACUCUUGUGCUCUUCGGGAUUGAUCUGUAAAGAUUUUGAGGAAAAAUUUGUCGAGCUUUUUUUUGAUCUGGCACUUGAAAAAGUUCACUCGCCUUCUCAGAAUGCUCGAGGGCUGCCAAUCCUGCUACAUAAUGACAAAGUUGGCCAUGAAUAUUUCCAACUUCCUGGAAUCCGUGGAUCUUUUGUGGUUGAUCUAAAUCAAGCUCGGGAUGAGGAAGAGGUUUUCAAUCCAUCUGCUAUUGAGGUUCUUCUGUUUUGUCUGUUGCAGUUCUCUUUGAAACUGCAGAUGCGGGUGCUCAUACGUCUGAAGAUUAUCGCAGGGGCUAGUCCUCGCAAUCAAGAUGCUCUUAGUGCUGUUGGCUGCGUUGGCCUACUGUUGGAGGCGAUUCGACUCAUGCUGCCAAACCCUUCAUCCCUGCUUACUUGCGCCCUUCAGAUAGUGGAAGUACUGGGGUCUUUCAGGCUCUCGUCGUCUGAGAUCCGCACCCUAGGGAGAUACAUUUGGCAGAAUCGUGAUGGAUCAGGAGGUCAAAUUGGGAAAAGCAUUCUGGAAACAGUGAGAAGGAUGUGGUCCAUAGAAUUCGUUCCUGAUAGUCUCUCUCUCUCUUCCUUCGUUGAAUUUCGGAUGUCACGUAUGGGGCACGCAUGCAUUCGAGUUCCUUUCACUGAUAGGUCGUGGCCGCCAGCAGCAGGCUAUUCUUUUGUUUGCUGGAUUCGCUUGGAAAACUUCAAAGAUCAAAUUGCGACUGUAAUAGAAUCCAGUGUUCCGAAAUCUAAUUUGGCUGGUAAAAAGCAGAGCAGCUCAGGUCCCGUUCUCCGGAUCUUUUCCGUUAGCACAGCUGAAGAAAAAAGCACAACCUGUGUGGAGUUGUUUAUGGAUGACUCGGGGGGUUUAAAGCUGGUUACUAGUCCCACAUCAUUUUUAUUCUUCAAGGGCGUUCAUCUAGAAGAGGGCAGGUGGUAUCACUUGGUUAUAGUUCACAAUAAGCCAAAUGCUCUGGCAGGACUUUUUCAAUCCAGUGUUGCUUACCUAUAUUUGAAUGGCAAGUUAUGUCACACUGGAAAGCUUGGUUAUGCGGCAACUCCUGUUGGGAAGCCAUUACAAGUGAUCAUCGGGACACCUGCCGCUCAAGCUGAAACAUGCUCAAUAUCAUGGCAGCUUGGGUCCUGCUACUUGUAUGAAGAAGUGCUCCCAGCAACUGCUGUUUUCUUCAUGUAUGUUAUGGGGCGAUCUUACCGGGGUUUAUUUCAGGAUCCAAAUAUUGUACGUUUUAUACCUCAGGAAGCUUGUGGAGGUGGAAAUCUUGCUGUCUUGGAAACUUUGGAUAUUGAACAACAAUCAAGUUCUGUAGCUCAGAGAGAAGGAUCCGUGAGGGGAGCAGGAGGUUCAUUGAAGAUAGAAGGCAGGGGAUCUAUGUGGGAUAUGGAAAAGUUUGCCAAAAUUGCACAUGUCUCGGGUCGGAAGUUGAUAUUUGCAUUUGAUGGUACUUUCUCAAAUGCGUCAAUAUCGACAGCCGCCGUUACAGUGGUGAAUCUUGCGGAUUCUAUGUCGACAAGCACCUUUCCGUCUGGCGGUGUACCCUAUGCUGCUGAAAUAUGUGGCGACACCCGUAUCUGCGCUCCAUUAAAUAUUGCUGACAAUCUACGCAAGGUUGGUGGCGUAGCCGUGGUUCUGGCAAUGUUAGAAGCUUCCAAGUCUUGGGACAUGCUAUACUUGUCUUUAUCCCUACUCCACAGUGUACUAAAGUACAACCCUCGGAACGUUCGGGAUAUGCAGAGGUGCCAUGGUUAUCACUUGUUAGCCCUUUUCCUUCGCCUUCGCAUGAACUAUUUGGACAAGCAAUGCCUUCUUUUUCUAUUCAAGAUUGCUAAAUGUCAGGCUGCACCAGCCUUGAAAACAUUUCCUAAAUCGGAGAAGUUAGUACCCGCACAGAAAUCAAUGUCGACUCAAGAACCUGUUAGACAAAUUUCUGGAAUUCCAGAUUCCAUAAAUAGACUUGUCCAAGCAGAUUCUGAUACAGAUUUCGACUUAGAUGUUUCCGGCAACCCUUCAAAAUUUGAUGAUCAGGAUUCAUCCUACGGGUCUAUGUUUGACUCUGUGGAAAGUUUUGGACAGGACAGCUCCAUAGGUCCAGGAAUCUCUGAUCUUGAAGUUGUUGACACAAGCACCAAUGAUGAUGAAAGCGAUGUAUUAUCAAAUCCUGAUAUAGUAGAACAUGUUUUAUUAGACUGGACCGUUUGGUCGGAUGCCGACGUGAGCAUGCAACUGACUAUUAUUGGGUUUAUAAGUCGUUUAGUAUCUUCUAAACGAUAUCGUGAAUAUAACAUGACAGUCCUUCGCCGUCUAAAUCUCCUGCAGCAUCUGCUUGUGAUAUUGCAAAGAGAUGUUAAAGAUCGAGUUUGUGAAGCUGUGGUGGACCUUGUGACGUCAAUCUUGAAAGAUGGAUUCAUCUCAUCAGAGCUUCAGCUGGUGGCAGAUUUUGUGGUGAUGACAUUUGACCCCUCGCCAUCGAUCGAGGGCACUCCUGUUGUCACUCAAGAGUCCACGAGUAGCCAGGUGAAAGUGCGAAAUUUGUUGCUAGACAAGUUCAUUGAUCUACAGUUUUUCAUCAAAUCUGAAGAGUCUAAAACAGUCGAAUGGAACAAGGUUGUGUCCGCGAGAGUGAUAAAUUAUCUAUUGGAUGAUGCUGUUCAUCAUUGUAGCAUGGGACGAGUAAUCACAAUAUUGGGUCUUUGCCUUGCGACAUCUGCCACAUUUGCAGCCAAAUUCAAGAGUUCAGGAGGCUACCAACACUUAGCACGUGUACUGCCUUCUUUCUUUGAUUCACCAGAUAUUUACUUCAUUCUCUUCAAGCUCAUAUUCAACCAGUCUGUGUACCCGAGACAACCGGAAGUGCGAAUGCUAGAUUUUCAUGCUCUGAUGCCUGGUGAUCAUAAAUCUGGAGAUAUUUGCUUCCCAGAGUUGCUGGAGGUAGUCAUAUGUAUGUGUAAGGCUGCUUUUAAUAAAGUAAGCAAACAAUCUCUGACGGCUCAACAGUCUGGAAAUUUAUCCGAAUUUAGUGCAUCUUCACGGAGCUAUUCUGGCGCGGUCGAAGAUUCUGGCGAAGAUCUUCAGGGCGAGGCUUUAUUACACAAGACAUAUGCUGCACGGCUCAUGAAUGGAGAGGCCGCUGCCCCUGCUUUGGUAACAUCAAUCUUGCGGUUCAUGGUCGAUCUCGCCAAAAUGUUUCACCCCUUCACCCUUGCAUGCAGGCGCAUGGAUUUUUUGGAGUCCUUAGUUGAUCUGUACUUCUCUUGUGCAAGAUCGGCCGGUGCUCUACAAUCAGCUCAAGAAGCUUUGGCGCAUUCGAUGCGAUCAGAAAAUGGUGAAGAAUUAUUUUAUGCUGAUGGUUCUUUUUCCACACUAGUGGAUGGAACUGAUUAUCAGAAGGUGAGUAGAUUGAAUGACUACGAAACGAAACUAGAGAAAGGUUUCUCUGGUGAUUUGACGGCAAGUGAAUUCUCAGAAUAUCCCGUCGACCCAGUCAACGACAUGAUUUAUGAUAUUACCGUGGAAAGUUCGGGCUGUUUAACAAAUUUUGAUGGACAGUCACUUAAACCUUCAAUUGGAGGUCCCGAGUCCUCACCCAGAUGGAUGCAGGGUAACUCUCCGACUGCUUCCGAAGUCUCGAGCUCAGUAGCCACUCCCAAGGCUCAGAAUGUGGGCUCCCCCGUAGGAUCAUUUGUUGGGGGUCCUCAUGAGGCAUUCUCUCGCCUUAGGACAUUAUCGUCAUCCCUCACUGGUGCAUAUAUAACCCGCAGUGAAGGAGAUUCAAGUUCACGGCAUAGAUCGUCAGCAUUCUUUUCUUCCACUCCACUAACUCCUCGCAGCGAAGCUGAUUCUUUUUAUAGCGAUUUUGGAGCGGCUUCAUCUGGACGUUUUACUCCAAGAGCCAGCCCUGAUGCUAUUGUUAUACCAAAGCUCUUACUCCAAUUAGAAGCCAUGGGGGCUUCAGAUGGCUCCUGCGCUUGUAGUGCAUCUGCAAUACUUGAUCUAAUUGGGGAAGUUCUUGCAGAUACUUUGACAGAGCAUCCUAAGGGGAUGUGUGUUGUGGAGGCUGCUGUUGAGGCUGUUCCACAAUACGUUGGAUCAGACGGUAUGCUUGUUUUUCAGGGUCUCUGCCUUGGUCGGAUGAUCAAUUUCUUAGAGAGAAGGCUAUUACGCGACGAGGAAGAGCAUCUAAAGAAACUCGACAAGAAUAGAUGGGCACCUAACCUUGACACAUUGAGCUGGCUUUUAGCCGAUCGCGCGUUUAUGGGAGCCUUUGCAGAUCCCGGGGCAGCCAUCAGGGUUUUGGAGUUCCUCCUUGCAAUGCUUCAAUUGGCUAAUUCAGAUGGGCGUGUUGAAGAGGCAGUCCCCGCUGGCAAGGGCCUCCUUGCACUGGCCAGAGGGGGGAGUCGUCAGGUGGAAUCUCACGUACAAGCCCUACUGAAGAAUACAAAUCGUAUGAUCAUGUACUGUUUGUUGCCGGCUUCAUCGGUGGGAGGACUUGGAGAGGACUCUCUACCUUCGUCUUUCCAACGAAGUUCAGAUAGUCUUCUUCGAAGCUUAGAUAGCUUACGCUAUGGUGCUGAAGGAGGCUCCGGAGAAUUUAGUACUGCUUCGCAGGAAAUUGACAAAGCUACUGUUUUGCAGCUCAUUCUUGCAAACAAGAAGCUUAUUUUUUGUGCGAGCAGUGUGGACCCAGAACUCUUGUGUGCGCUUUGUGUGAAUGUUACUCCGCUUCUAUGGGAUCCUGAGCCAAGCACACGUACCUUAGCAGUGGACGUCUGGAGAGCACUUGUGUUGCAUCGAAGCCCUGCCCUUGAAGACAUCUUAAUUUGGAGAGGAACUCAAGGUGCGGCGAAUGUGGAUGUGCUUCACAACGGCUUCAAUCUUCUGCUCACGGUGAGUUCUAAAGAGUUCUAUGCAUGGAUUGAGGAAUCCUGGGGUACAGUGCGCAAGGUGCUAGAACAACGGGCAGCUGUUGUGUGGAAAGAGUAUUUGCAAGGUACCUUGCGUUUUCCAGGGGUCAGAAUCAAACCUUUGGAAGGACGACGGAAGAGAGAAAUGAACCGUCGUUCGAGAGAAAUAUCAAAGCUUGAUCAUUUACAUUAUGAGCAGGUCGCCAAAAGCCGUUGUGGACUUGAGCAAGUCCGGGAGUCUAUUGCAGCCGAGCUGCGAAUGCUACGGCAAGACAAAUAUGGUUGGAUGCUGCAUGCUGAAAGUGAAUGGAAAUCACAUGUCCAGCAAUUGGUUCAUGAGCGGGGUAUAUGGCCAAUGGCAUCUGCUGCAGCUGAUAGAAAAGCUAUCUGGCAAUUGUCUACCGAUGAGGGUCCCUUCCGCAUGAGAAAAAAGCUAGAGCGACAGACAAUUAAUCAAACUGACAACUACGAUGCUAAGCUCGAGGGGGAAGACUCUUUUGGUCUUGAAUAUUGUCGCCGAGUGAGUAUUGGAAGGGACAGAACUUCACCUUCCUUAUCUACAGAUCACCCAGACUUUAAAAUGCAUUUAAGAGUUCAAAGCAAGGAUUUCAGUUUCCAUGAUUCAUCCGUAGAGGAUGAGGGUGAUCCCACUAAAGCUGAAGGCUUGGAGGAAGAUGAUUCCUUGUCUGCUCAUGGACAGUCGAGUGAUGAUCAGCCUAGCAGUGGUACCACCGCGGAGAAUCAAGUUCCUGUUCGCAGGCGAAGUGAGGAAGGAAGUCAACCAGGUGGGAGGGAAGAUGUAGAUUAUCUAUACGGCUCCGAAGAAUGCAAAAACACUGGGGAUUCACAAAACAAGGAAUUCGACAUCCAUGAGGAUGGGGAAUUUUUAAUACGGCCAUAUUUAGAACCUGGAGAGAAGGUUAAAUUUCGCUACAAUUGUGAACGAGUUCUUGGGCUGGAUAAACGUGAUGGCAUUUUCUUAAUUGGAGAACAGUGUCUGUACGUGAUUGAUAAUUACUACCUCGAUGAAGAGGGAUGUAUCAAGGAGAAAGGGGACGAAGGGGACAUAUCUGUGAUCGACCGGGCUUUGGGGGUCCCAAUGACAGGGCCAAAUGAUUCUCAGGAUGAUAUGAAACCAUCAUCGGGUAGUUUUGGUGAGACGGUGGCCUCUGAUCGGCUCGGCGGUCGGGCUUGGGCAUGCAAUGGAGGUGCUCGGGGAAAGGAAAAUAUUCUAGCUGGCCGCAACAUGCAGCAUAAAUGGCACAUGUGGAAGUUGGAUAGUGUUCAUGAGCUACUAAAGAGGCAGUACCAGCUCCGCCCAGUGGCCAUCGAGCUGUUCAGUAUGAAUGGGGUUAAUGAAUUACUUGUUUUCCACAAGAAUGAACGUGAUGAAGUUUUCAAAAAUUUGCUGGCUCAGGGCCUUCCGCGCAACAGCAUGUUGGAUACAACUAUUUCGGGGGUUUCUAAGCAAGAGGGCAAUGAAGGGGGGAGACUUUCCAAGUUGUUAGCUAAGUCUUUCAGUAAGAGGUGGCAGAAUGGUGAGAUUAGUAACUUUCAGUACCUCAUGCACCUGAAUACUUUAGCAGGGAGAGGAUACAAUGAUCUCACGCAAUAUCCAAUAUUUCCAUGGGUUCUUGCCGACUAUGAGAGUCAAGAGCUGGACUUAUCAAAACCAGAGACUUUUCGAUGUUUAGAGAAGCCUAUGGGUGCCCAGCACCCACCUCGUGAAGAAGCCUUUAAGACACGGUUCGAGAAUUGGGAUGAUUCUGAUAUCCCAAGAUUUCAUUAUGGUAGUCAUUAUUCGAGUGCAGGAAUUGUGCUCUUCUACCUCAUCCGUCUCCCUCCUUUUAGCUGGGAAAACCAGAAGCUUCAGGGUGGGGGUUUCGAUCAUGCUGACCGUUUGUUCAGCAGCCUGCAAGAGACAUGGCUUGGUGCCAGUCAAGGCAAUACUGCUGAUGUUAAGGAGCUUAUUCCUGAGUUUUUCUAUCUUCCAGAGUUUUUAGAAAACAGAUGCGAGUUAGAACUUGGUACGACACAAUCUGGAGAGAAGAUUGACCACGUGCAGUUGCCACCGUGGGCAAAAGGCAGUGCAAUAGAGUUUAUUCGUAAGCAUCGUGAAGCGCUGGAAUCUCAGUAUGUCUCAGAGAAUCUGCAUCACUGGAUCGAUCUCAUCUUUGGGUUUAAGCAGCGCGGCAAGGCCGCAGUUGAUGCCACAAACGUGUUUUAUUACCUCACAUAUGACGGGGCAGUUGAUAUCGACAGUAUUCCCGAUCCGAACAUGAAAGCUGCUAUACUGGCUCAAAUCAAUCACUUUGGCCAGACACCCCGCCAGUUGUUUCCAAAGCCCCACCCGAAACGAAGAUGGGUCCCAAGGCCCGCUCUCGCACUCAUACCCUAUUCUUAUCAUACUGUUGUUCCUCAGGAGAUUCGUACAAUGGGAUCAAGGGUGUCUCAGAUUGUGCUGCAUCAAAACAUUCCUCACAUUGCCACUACAAAUAGAGCACUGCGACCACCCUCGUAUGACAAAUAUGUUGCAUGGGGCUUCCCUGAUCGCAGUCUGCGGUUAAUGGCUUGUGAUCAAGACAGAGUGCUCUCAACCCAUGAGAAUCUCCAUGAUGACGGGCCUGUAACAUGUGCAGGCUUCAGUAGGGAUGGCCAGAUCCUUGUCACAGGUGGAGAAGAUGGAGUGGUAGCAGUCUGGCGGCUCACAGUUCCCACAAGCAACAAUUCACCACUUCAUCUGCAACGAUCAUUGUGUGCGCACACACAAGCUGUGACUUGCUUAGCAGUCUCCCUUUCGUACAGUCUGGUGGCGACUGCUUCGAAGGAUCAGACUGUCAUUUUCUGGGACUUGACUAAACUUGAGUACGUUCGCCAAAUGCCCGAGCUGCCAGCACCUGCCACCGCCCUUCACAUUAAUGAUAUGACUGGUGAAGUUGUGACAGCCGUCGGCUCAGUGCUGACAGUUUGGAGCAUAAACGGAGACUGCUUAGCUGCUGUAAAUACCUCGCAGGCCUACUCUGAUACAAUUCUUUCCAUUACAAGUCCACAAGUCCCUGACUGGACAGAGGCAGGGUGGUAUAUUACUGGGCAUCAAUCGGGGAUGAUCCGAUUGUGGCGCAUGCAGUUCGACAGUCAGUCCAGUACAAACAGGAUGUCUUUGUUGCGCACAAAGAGUGGUGAUCCGUAUACAACCCCAGCUAAACGUGGGAACAGUGGCCGCACCAGUUGGAUAGUUCCACCAGGGACUUCAGGACUCAGAAGGUUGAAAUCAGGUAUAGCGACUGCAGAAGACCCUACCAAGAUGUGUAUCACUGGUGGGACGCCUGAGUUCCAGCUUGUUCUUAUUAAAGUGCUGUCAUGGCAUAAGGAGCCUGUGACAGCACUUUGUCUUGGUAACGAUUUGAAGCAGCUGUGCAGUGGUGAUAGUGGGGGUCAUGUGGUCUCAUGGACUUUAUUGGAUGAUAUCUCCAAGAACCCACCUCUGCUUGGAUCACUUUCACAGUCCGACACAUGCACCAACUGCGACACACAUGUUAUGGCAAGUGAGAGGAGAUACUACUGCAGAAACUGUGGUCACGUUCUGUGUUUUGAAUGUUCUGAUUCUCAUCAGCUUCCAUUAGAGGAUCUAGGGCAUCUACUUCCUGUUCAGGUGUGCGAAAAAUGCUACCAGUCGCGGAAGACAACCCAUCCAAAAGUGUCUGCAGUGGUAAUGGAUCAACUAGACGUAGUAACGCAAGGGCCUUAUUUAAAGAAUCAUUCCAGUCUUUAUCGAUUUGACAGUAGCAACAUUUAGAAAGAAUUAGAUUGGGGUUGUGGAUUAGACCCCCUCGUUAACCAUCUAAUUGUAUAUACUUCUAGCUACAUGUGAUUAAAACAGAACUGAGCGUUGGCAGGUGUAGGGUUUAGAUGUAUCUGCCGAUGAGAUCGAGCACGAUACCGAUCAUUGUGCGUCCAAGUACGAACCGAGAAUUGAGAUUAUUUAUUCUCCAGGUACUUUGAGGGUGCAAUUUUUUACUUUUAUAUCAGUGUUUUACACUGUCCUAUUUUCUAAUUUCACGAUCCGUAUUUUCUACUUUUCA